UAGAUGAGCUGCAUUCCGUUAUCAAUCACACUUACUUGCCUCCCCAAGUAGACAACAGAAAUGCGGCAGAUUUGGCAUGGCCCAAGGUUCACUACAGAUUUCGAAUCUGAGCCUCAGAUUUUUUUCCCCUUCAGAAAUGAGGCGACUUCCGAGUCGGAUCGUGGUCUGCGAUGUCCGUAAAAGAAGGGAAGGGCGGGUUCCGCUCGAUACAUCAACCAGUCAACCAGUGCGGUCAUUGCACGAGAGUCAGCGUCGCUGGCUGCACUAUCAGAUGAAAUUUCGACGAAGAAGAGCAAAGCCGCUACCAGGUGUCCAAGAUCAGCCAAUUGACAGGUAUAGUCAGUAAUAGUGAGAACCUUCCAGGAUCGUAAUUGGUGUUAAAGGUGUAGCAGAGGACCUGACUCGUUUGUUGCUGGCAGAUCGCGAUAGGGAAAAUUUGUGUUUCCGCCCCCCAUAGAAUAU